GCUAAGGCGUCCAAACGGUUCUCUGUCAAACUUUUACGUUUUUUCACUGCUGUUGUCUGAAUCUAGAAUGGCAGGUAAGCUGGCCAUGGCGAGCAACGCUAACGACUCAGCCGACGAGCAGUUUCUGACGUGUUCCGUCUGCAUGCUGCACUACCGGGACGCCAGGAUCCUGCCAUGUCUGCACACGUUCUGUAGGCAGUGUCUGCAGGACUGGGCCGCCAAACAACAGCCGCUGGAGUGUCCGACCUGCCACGCACCGGUCAGUCUCCCGGACCAAGGGGUGGACGGACUCAAGACCAACGUCUACGUCAACAACCUGCUGGACUUCGGGGCUGUGAAGAAAGGAGCGGAGCCAGGUGUGCCGUGCCAGGUGUGCGAGGGGAAUGAGGAGGGGUCGAAAUCUUGGUGUACCGAUUGCGCUACCUUCAUGUGCGAGCCGUGCACAGCAGUGCACAGGAAACUCCCAGCUACUAAAGAUCACCAAGUUACCACCGAAGAGACACUUAAAGAAGAGACAGAUGUGAGCAAGUUUCAGCGCAAGCGACACUGCGACAGUCACAAGAACAACGAACUGGUCUUCUAUUGUGAGAGCUGUGACGUUCUGGUUUGUACGGCGUGCACCGUGUUCAACCACCGACCUGGCAAAGAACACAACCCGGUAGAAAUCACGUCCGUCGCCCGGGAGAAAAAAGAGACACUGCAAGGACUCCUCCAAGAGAUAGACCCGCGACUGAAGAAAAUUGAAGCCUCCAUUAAAGAAGUUGAGAGGAAGAUGGCAACAUCUGUCCUUUUGAAAGCCGCAGCCACAAACCAAGCCAAGGUGUAUUUCCGCCAACUUCUUGUCAUUCUACAAAAGCGCCAAAAGGAAAUCUUGAGCCAGAUUGAUGAACAAUGUCGAGUCGACAGGGAAGGCCUGCAAGCUCAGAAGGAAGCGAUAGAGUUGGACUUGGCCGAACUGACGAGCGCACAGAAGUUCUGCCAACAAGCUGUAGAACACGGGAAUGAUCUACACAUUCUGGAGGUGUGGGACCCGGUCCAAACAAGGGUAGAAACUCUGCUGACAAAGCAGUUGGACCUGGAGUCCGACUGGAGCGAAUUUCUGUUCGCAGAGAACACGACUCUUGCGGACUUCGAGAAAGAAGCGGGAGAUUUCGGAGCAUUAGUGAACGACGUCCCGGAAUGUAAUGUUGUUUUAAAGCCCGCAGUUCGAGGUUUCGAGUGUUUCACCGUCCUGACCACACUGAGCAAAGAGGACAGCCCGCGUGUCACCGAUAGCAAAAACAUCAAGACCAACAUGAAAGACCCGUCUGGAAAUGACGUCAUGACAGAACUACAGGUGCAGGGAGAGGGCACGUGGAAAAUAUCGUACGUACCCAAGGUCACGGGCAGCCACGAGUUAGCGGUCAAGGUCAACUCACAGCAGGUGGCCGGAAGUCCGUUCGUCGUUGACGUAAAGGAAAGGGACAUCCCCGUGUUAACUAUCGGACGGCAGGGUAGUGGGGUGGGGGAACUGAACGGCCCGGCAGGUGUCGCUGUUGACAAGGACGGCAACAUUGCAGUAGUGGAGCAGGGCAACAGGCGAGUCCAGAUCUUCGACGCAGACAGCGGGCACGCUUUGCGGAGCUUCCCCGUGGACGGUGAGGACCCAUACGGAAUCGACGUAGACUCGGACGGACAUUUUCUCGUGACGUCGUUCAACAAAGACCACGGAAUCAGGCGUUACUCCAAGAAAGGCGAACUUUUGAACACGUUCAAGCCUGACUGUGUACACGUGCCGACCGACGUGGCAGUUUUAAAGGACGGCCGCAUGGUGGUGGCGGACGGCAGGUCGUGUCUCCUCCUGCAGCCUGACGGGAGCCUCGUCCGGGAGAUCGGCAGGAGACACCUGCAGGACCCGCGCUUCAUCGCCGUGGACGAGUCGCGGGAUGUGAUGUUCGUUACCGACGGCGGCGCGCACAAAGUAGCUGUGUUCGAUCUCGACGGGAACUCGAAGUUUGAUUUCAGCAAGAAGGGUAAAAACGAUGGCGAAUUGCAGGGCCCAAGAGGUAUAACCCUUGAUCAUACAGGUAAUAUCAUUGUAUGUGAUAAAGCUGACGGUCGUGUGCAGGUGUUUGGGUCAGACGGGGCCUUCAGGCGGAAGGUGGCGACAGUUAAAGGCGAUGAGGCCAUCGGCAUCGCCCUGACUCCUGACGGGUACGCAGCGGUGUCCUGCUAUGGGGAACACUGUAUAGAACUGUACAGGUACAUGUGAUCUCAGUAUAGAACUGUACAGGUACAUGUGAUCUCAGUACAGAACUG